AGAGGAGGUGUUUGCACAGAGAGCUGCUUUUUCAUUCAAAGAGACUAAAGUAGUACCAAUUUUUGGAUCGAUAUCUGCAUCGAUCUGCCCACCCUUGUCUCCUGGAUCGUAGCUGAGAUCAGCGUGAACCACGUGGGUCUCUGCUCCCUGAUCUGUUUCCUGUGUUUGGAAAGAGUUCCAGCUUCAUCACGGAGUUUCUCUCGGUUUGUGGGCUCAUCUAAAGCUGAUCAGCAGGAGGAGAAGAGUCUGACGGAGCAGCAGAGGAACAUUUUCAGCCAUCUGGACUCAGCUGAGUCACUACAGAGGAAACAAUGAACUCAACACAGAAGGACCAACAUGGAGCGAGAAGUCAGCGCUCUCAGGAGGCCGACAAACCUCACAGAAGAAAGAGAGAGAAAACAUACACCUGUGACGAGUGUGGGAAGGAUUUUACUGGGAAGGCUGAACUAAAACGUCAUCAGGUCAUCCACACUGGAGAGAGACCGUUCAGCUGUGACUUGUGUGGAAAGUCUUUUUCCUUGAAGGGUCACCUAAAACAACACCAACUCGUCCACAGUGGAGUUAAAGCGUAUAGCUGUGAUCAGUGUGGCAGAGCUUUUACUCAAAGUGGCACCUUACAGAGUCAUCUAGUUACCCACUCUGGAAUUAAGGCAUACAGCUGUGACAUUUGUGGGAAAACCUUCAGCCAGAUGGGGAACCGAAAUACACACCUACGCAUUCACACUGGACAUGAUGUGUACAGCUGUGAUCAGUGUGGCAAACAGUUUACAACACAUACAAAGUUACAACGCCACAUGUUUACCCACACUGAGGAGAGACCUUAUAAAUGUGACCUGUGUGAGAAGACUUUUAAAUAUCCACAUCACCUGAGACGACACCAACAGAUCCACACCAGAAAGAGACUCUACAAGUGCAGUUACUGUGAGGACCAACAUGGAGCGAGAAGUCAGCGCUCUCAGGAGGCCGACAAACCUCACAGAAGAAAGAGAGAGAACAAAUACAGCUGUGAUGAGUGUGGGAAGGGUUUUACUGAGAAGGCUUCACUAAAACAGCAUCAGGUCAUCCACACUGGAGAGAGACCGUUCAGCUGUGACUUGUGUGGAAAGACUUUUUCCUGGAAGGAUGCUCUAAGAAGACACCAACUCAUCCACAGUGGAGUUAAAGCGUACAGCUGUGAUCAGUGUGGCAGAGCUUUUACUCACAGUAGCUACUUACAGAAGCAUCUAGUUACCCACUCUGGAAUUAAGGCAUACAGCUGCGACAUUUGUGGAAAAACCUUCAGUCAGAUAGGGAACCGAAAUACACACCUACGCAUUCACACUGGACAUGAUGUGUACUGCUGUGAUCAGUGUGGCAGACAGUGUACAACCAACAGGCAGUUACAACGCCACAUGUUGACCCACACUGAGGAGAGACCUUAUAAAUGUGACCUGUGUGAGAAGACUUUUAAAUAUCCACAUCACCUGAGACAACACCAACAGAUCCACACCAGAAAGAGACUCUACAAGUGCAGUUACUGUGAGCAGAGCGACACAGAUGGAUCCAGUUCUCAACCCUGUCAUCACUGUGGUGGUGGGAAAGACUUUCGUUGUGACCUCUCUGGAAAAACUUUCAGUUGGCAAGUCUCCCUAAAAAAACAUCAACGUAGACACACUGGAGACAAAGUGAAAUACUGCAAAGAAUGUGGGAGAAGCUUCACCACAUCACAUAACUUAAAACGACAUGAACUGAUUCACAGUGGGGUUAAAAAGCACCUCUGUGAUCAGUGUGGGUCAUCCUUCACCACUGCAAGUAACCUUAAAACACACAAGCGAGUCCACACAGGAGAGAAACCAUACAAGUGCAGACACUGUGACAAAAGCUUCUCACAAUCAGGUCAUCGUAACAACCAUGAACGUGCACAUGUGGAAGUAAACUACAGCUGUGACCAGUGUGACAAGAGCUUCAGGAAUCUCAAUUCAUACUCCGAACACAAACGAUCCCACGUUACUAAUAAACUGUAUCACUGUUACCAAUGUGCCAAAACAUUUACUAAAUUAUCUGCUCUGUGCAAACAUCAGUGUGAUCACUCAGGACUGAAAUCACUCCCAUUACAGUGAAUCUGAAGAGACAGAAAGAUCCUCUGGUUUCAGGGUCAAACUUAAAACCCUUUUCUGAAGGUUGCUCUCCUCCUGUUUCUGUGAGUGCUGACUGCACAGCUGUAAUUCAGAUCCAUGUCACUGUUUGGAAGUAUCAGAGAACUGCUGAUGCUGUAAAGCUGCUGGUCAGUCUGAUGGGCUGUUGUGUUGUUGUUGGUGAUGCUGGAUGAAGGGCUGGUGGACCAGGUGAGCUCAGGUUGAGGGUAGAUCCCCUCUGAGCAACAGGUGAUCCUUUGUCCUACUUGUUGGAGAUUAACUUUACAGACUGGAGCUGGAAAAAAAUAUCAAAGAAUAAAAAAACCAAAAGAAAAAUAUAUUUCUAAAGAAGUCAGAAAGAGAUUUUGUCACAAUUUUCCUUUUCUGUUUAUUUUAUGUUAACAUGAUUUAAUUGAAUAAAAAUCAUGUAAACAUGAAUCUCAGACCACAGUAAAAUAUAACAUUUGUCUUAGUGUUUUGAGACAGCAUUUCUAAAUACAGAUAAUGAUUAAUGAUGUAACAUGUCAUGUAUUCUUUAUGUAUUUGAAGUGUUAUAAAAAUGACUCUGGAUCAGUCCUGGUGUCACAGACAGGCCUCGGGGCUUCAAACCUCAGAAAGUCCUUUUAGCUCUCAGCUGAAUUCCUCUGACACACUUUAACAACUAUAAGUCAAAGGUCAGAGGUCAUAUGAUUUGGUAAUGACAAUGCUGAAUAACCACAUCACUGAUUAGGUAUUGUAGUAACAACUCAGACUAUUACAAUUAUUUAGUUAAUAAUACGGGUUCAUGAUGUUGUUUCAGGUUGUUUGUGGUUCAAUUUCUUGCGUCGGUUGUAAAUAUGGCAGCUUUAGUCUUUCCUGUCUUUUUAAAAAGAGUUUUGUUACCGUCCACAUUCAGGAUGAUGAACAUUUCACUGAUGGUGCUGGUGUGGCACUGGUAUCUCCCCUCAUCCUGAAUGUUCACCUCUGUCAGCUGGAGUGAGGCGUUUCCUCUGCAGACCUGAUCCUUGGAAAGUGAAGUUUUACUUCUGACUGAAUAUAUGAUCGAGCAGUUAUAUAAACAUGAAUCUAUCCACCGAGCUCCUCCUCGCCUGCUGUGCAUCCAUGUUCAGCAGCCUUUCAUCUGUUUCUCAGGUUUUGUAUAUUAAAUAGUUCCUGCUUCUGGGGUUCGACAUGUUUCGGUUGUUUUAUUUUAUGUAUAUAAUUAAGAUGUUGUGAAUAAGUAUUUCAGUUGUAUCCCGUAGUUGUUUGCUUGACAUCAAGCUUUAUCCAAGGAAAAACAAAAACACUCUGUCUUUCCUCCAAAAUAACACUUGGAUUACAGUUGGACUGAUUUACCAGGUGGUGAUACAAAAAAUAAAAAGUCUAAGAUAUUUAAAUCUAUAGAACAUAAUCAACAACAGAGACCAGACCUGAAAGUGUGAAACAUACUGUAUUUGGCAAAAAACAAAAAAUAUA